ACGAUUCUUCCCGAGCUUUUUUUCUCCCUCACCUUUUCCAGCGCCAGAUCUCGCCUGCUUUCCUCUCUAACACCCAUCGACCAGCGUCCCCGUCGGCAUCAAUUGACCUUGGAUUAUUUCUCUGUCGUCUAAUACGUCCUCGAUUCGACUACUCUCCGGCAAAGAAUUUUCUUUCCCGCCCCGAAUCCGACCGCAAUCCGACGCCUCGUUCAACCAACCUCCUUACCUCGAACGCACACAGAAAUACCGACACAAUGCCUUCCACGCUUGUUCGCCCUAUGCUCCGCUCCCCGGUCCUGCGCCUCGCUGGCCGCCGCUUCGAGAGCACUGCUACCGGCAAGGCCGCUGAGGCUGCUACCAAGGCCCAGCAGGGCCUUUCCCGUGUCUCCGGCGCUGCUGCUGGUGCCGCCAAGGGUCUCGGUAACGCCUUGAGCAAGGCUGGUGGCCGUACUGGCCGUCUGUUCGCCAUGAUUGAGCGCCAAACCCCCUUCGUCAUCUACUACUCCCGCGUUGGUCUUGAGCUCAGCAAGCUCGUCUUCCAGGGCCAGAAGAUGUCUCUCCCUUCCGUCGCUACUUUCCAGACUUACUACCAGUCUCUGUGGUCUUCUCUCCGCUCCGGCACCCUCUUCGCUUCUCCCCAGCAGCUCCUCCAGCAGAUCCGCAACGUUGGCACUCCCCAGCUCGUUGCUGGCGGUGUUGUCGUCGCCGAGUGCCUCGGCUUCUUCACCGUUGGUGAGAUGCUCGGCCGCUUCAAGCUCGUCGGUUACCACGGCGAGACUGCCAGCCACCACUAAGCCAAUGAUCAUAUAAAACGGCGCGCAAAAGGAGAGAUGGCUUGUUUUUUGUCGAACUGAAGUGGCUUCUUUUCCCUCGAAGUUGACUUACAAGAGGAGGUGCAAAAAUCGGGAAUGCGUAAGCGUUGGAUUGAAGGAAUAAAUAUAUGCGGAAGUGGAUAUUGGGCAGAAAAAGGAAACGACGGACGCUCUGCCCGGCGUAUGGAAUCAGGACAAUGAUAGACUUGGUGGUGCUGAGCAAGAUGGCCGUCUGCAUCUGUCGGCAUCGCCAUCUUUUACUUUUUUUUCUUUUGUCACACAUGUACAUCAGUUGCAUAGUCGGGAAGAGGGCUAGAUCAUCUACUAUCCUGUCACCGUUAUAGCAAGUCGAAUGGAGAAUUUUGAACGGUUUCAAGCGCCUUAACGUUUUUAAAACAACGUUGUGCUAUGUUGACAUUAUUUGUUAUGACAAACGCAGUAAACAUACGAACGGAGCAAAUAAAUGUUAAUCAUUUAAUUUAUGAACAGAAUUCCUAUUUUCUUUCAAUAGUUUCAUCGUGUUCAUAUUCCAUUCCCG